AUGGUCCUAGUCAUUGAUCGAUAUGAAAGGAUGGCGAGUUCGAAACUCGUCGAACUCAAAAAAUUGCAGAGAAUUGCUCUUGAUGGAGGUCCCAGAGAUAAUCGGCAACUUCGAAUUACGAUCACACAGUAUGAGGAGCAACUCAUGCAGGGACUGGAGCAGAUCCUCCAGCUCCGCACUGACAUUGAUCCGACGAAUUUCGAAGCCUUCGACUUAAAAAUUGAGCCGAUUCGUCGACAGAUUCAGACGAGUGUGAAGGUCAAUCGAUCGCUUCCUCAACUCCAAACGUCAUCCUCAUUUUAUGAAGCAGAUGAGGAAAACCCUUAUGAGGUUGAGGCUCAAAGACAUCUACAAGAAUCGGCAAGACGCGAGAAUGAGAUGCGUCAACUCGCCGAAGAUGCGCGAAUGAAGGCCGAAGGGACGAAAAAGAUUCAGAAGGAAAUGGAGGAUUUGGAGCAGAUUUUCGCGGAAUUGGCCAAAAUUGUCCAUGAGCAGCACGACGCGGUCGACUCGAUUGAGGAGCAAGUUGAAAGAGCCACCGAAGAUGUGAAACGUGGAAAUGAUCAAUUAAAGAAAGCGGUGAAGUCGAAAGCUGCAAAGACUCCGAUUGUGGCAGGAGUCGUCGGCGGAUUGGCACUUGGUGGUCCGGUGGGUCUCGCAGCGGGAUCGGGACUCGCGGGUAUCGCAGCUGGCGUCGGAGGAAUCUUUGCUGGAAUCUAUACAGGAAGGAUAUUCAAACGAGCAGCGACGCAGGAAUAA